UUUCGUCGUUGUUCUGAUCGGAUGGCGAUGAAUUAACGAAUCUUUCGCUUUGAAAAGAUCCCAACCAACCGCAUCGUCAUCGUUGACAAAAGAUAGUUGCAUUAUAAAGUUCCUCUUUUCCCUCUGAAUAUUCGACACCCUGAAGACUUCAGUUUUGAGCUCGGCGUGAAUUUACAUAGUCGGGAUCGACUUCUCUCUGCUCAAAAUCCAACCUUGACGUUGUUUAAAUUAGGGUUUCUUCGGAGCUAAUUGAGCUUUAGUUUUCCCCUUUUUUGUUUUUAAGAAAAUUUGUAAUAAAUUCGGAGGUGGAUUGGUCGAUAGUAUCAGUUGUGAUGCUUCUGUAUCGCGGGAAAUUUUGAAACUCAGUUCUUCUGGAAUAAAGAAGAACCGAUAAGAUUUUUUUUUUUACCAAAACAGGAAAAUGGCAACUCCAGUUGAGCCUCCAAAUGGUGUUCAUUACCAAGGAAAACAUUACUAUUCCAUGUGGCAAACGUUGUUCGAAAUCGACACCAAAUAUGUGCCCAUCAAACCUAUUGGAAGAGGCGCAUAUGGGAUCGUUUGCUCCUCUGUGAAUCGAGAAACCAACGAGAAAGUUGCCAUUAAAAAGAUACACAAUGCCUUUGACAAUCGUGUUGAUGCUCUGAGAACACUGCGUGAAUUGAAGCUUCUCAGGCAUCUUAAACAUGAAAAUGUGAUUGCUUUGAAAGAUGUCAUGAUGCCGACUCAUAGGAGAAGCUUCAAGGAUGUUUAUCUGGUUUAUGAGCUUAUGGAUACCGAUUUGCAUCAAAUCAUUAAGUCUCCUCAAGUGCUUACCAAUGAUCACUGUCAGUAUUUCCUCUUCCAGUUGCUUCGAGGCCUAAAAUAUCUUCACUCAGCAAAUAUUCUCCACCGAGACUUGAAGCCUGGAAACCUUCUUAUCAAUGCAAAUUGUGACCUUAAAAUUUGUGACUUUGGACUGGCUCGCACUAGCAAUGCCAAGGGUCAAUUCAUGACAGAGUAUGUUGUCACUCGCUGGUACAGGGCCCCUGAGCUUCUCCUCUGCUGCGACAACUAUGGAACAUCUAUUGAUGUUUGGUCUGUUGGAUGCAUCUUUGCGGAGCUUCUUGGCCGGAAACCCAUCUUCCCCGGCACAGAGUGUCUCAAUCAACUUAAACUGAUCAUCAACAUCCUUGGCAGCCAGAAGGAGGAGGAUCUUGAAUUUAUUGAUAACCCCAAGGCAAGGAAAUACAUCAAAUCACUUCCAUAUUCCCUUGGAAGCUCCUUUUCCCAUCUUUAUCCGAAUGCCCAUCCUUUGGCAAUUGAUUUACUGCAAAAGAUGCUUUUUUUGACCCUUAAAGAAGGAUUAGUGUAACUGAAGCGCUCCAACACCCUUAUAUGGCACCAUUGUAUGAUCCAAACUCUAAUCCUCCAGCCCAGGUGCCACUUGAUCUUGACAUAGAUGAGGAUUUAGGGGAAGAGAUGAUCAGAGAGACGAUGUGGAAGGAAAUGCUUCAUUACCAUCCCGAAGUUGCAACAGUCGAUGGCAGAGUGUGCGUCUAAUCUAUUUUUCUUCCACUUGGUUCAGUAGUCAAGUCAAUGACAACGUCUUACUGCUGAUGAGCCUGGUUUUUCUUUGUGAUGUUAGAUGCUAUAUUUAUGUAUUCGGAACUUAUUAUAUAUUUCCCAUAAUGUUGAAAAACAUAUAUGAUGUGUUAGUUGUCAGUUGGGGACCAUAUCAUGUAAACUAAAUUUUGCGUCAAGAGCUUGAGCUUCUUUUAGUGCUCAAGCUCUUAACUGUAGAAGUUCUGUUUCCUUUACAAACUUGUAUAGAAGGGUGCUGUU